AUGGUUAUCUUUCUAUGGGAUGAAUUCCAGAUGCUAGCGUCAACCUCUAGCAUUAGGAGGGCUCUCGUAUCCAAAGGGUGGUCCAAAAAGACUGCUCGGCAGACUGCGAAAGAGCAGAACGCCGAUUUACGAGAAAUAUAUCUUCAUAACCUCUCUGACUUUGAGUCAUACCAUCUUGUUUAUGUUGAUGAAUCUGGAUGCGAUAAGCGCAUUGGGUUCCGACGAACAGGUUGGUCACCACUCGGUGUAGCACCUCGGCAAGUGUCUCAGUUCCACCGUGACGAGCGCUAUCAAAUUUUGCCUGCGUUGGGACAAAGAAAAACAGUGCUAGGGGCCAUUUUCGGCACGCAGGCCUUAGUGUUGAGAAUCUAG